AGCGCUGCUGUGUUCCGGGGGAAGGGAGACGGGCUGCACCGACCGCCAUUUCCCGCCGCCGCCGCCGCCGCCGAGGAGCCGCGAUGAAGCUGCUGACGCACAACCUGCUGAGCUCGCACGUCCGCGGGGUGAGCCGCGGCUUCCCGCUGCUGCUGCAGGCCUCGGAAGUGAAAAUCAACAACGUGGACUUUAACCAGGAGUUCAUCACGCGGAUGAUCCCCAAGAUGGAGUGGAGCGCGCUGGUGAACGCGGCGGAGAGCGUGAGUAUUCCUGGUUCCACUGUCGAUCGUCCCCGUGCACGGUUUACCUCGGCGUCCCUCGGAGACAACGAAGAGGCAGAACCAAGCAUGCGGCACUCUUUAUGCUGCUGGAGGGCUGGGGGUGGUCCAGCCCAGGUCGUUCAAACAGGCCAACGGCCCGAGUGUGCCGGGUACAAAGGUGCUUAA